AUGGCAAGCCCCUCUGAAACCCCAUUAUCUACCAGCAGUCUAGACUCUCCCUCAGCACCACCCGCCAAAAAACGCACUAAGAAACCUUUUACGCGACAGCAGCAUGGUUGCUUGACUUGUCGGCAGCGCAGGAAGAAGUGUGAUACGAGGGUGCCUAUUUGUGGAGACUGUACGCGACUCAAUCUCAUCUGCGAGUACCAAGCACCCCGGCGGGUCAGAAAGUCACCGUCUGCUGGGGGCGCUGUGGUUAGGUACCCUAAUGCGCAUACUGGUAUCAGGGAGCCUGUGGAUAUGGUUCGUCCAGAUGAUGGCCACUCUGGGGAUCUGAGCACUGGUCGUCGAAGUAUGCUGCGAUACUACACGACGACUCUAGCACAGAUGCUGUCGACAAACACAGAGAACAACUGCUUCAUCUCAGUCCUACUUCCAAUGGCAUUCGAUUGUCCAGUACUCUUAGACGCCAUAACCGCACUGUCGUCAGCACAUCUCGCGAUGUGCAACCCAGAGUUCAACGACAUAUCUCUCCAACACCGUGGGCGUGUCUUGAAUGCCUUCAGAAGUUCUCUUGACCAAGACAAUACCCUGACAAGUGAAAUGCGCCUCGCCAUCGCAAUGGUCAUGUGCGCUCUUGAAACCAUUUCGGAUGGAACAAGCGUUGGCUGGACAUGUCACGUCGCUGGCGCAGCAGCAUGCCUUGACUCAGUACGCGCUUCGAGAAACUUGAGCUUUGAAGCCAAAUGGCUAUUGCGCUUCUUUGCAUACCACGAUAGUUUGACGAGUAUCUCGCUUGAUCGAAAGCCAUUACUAACUGGCGAUUACUGGAUGUCAAACGAUGAUGCAUUAGCUGACCCAUAUUGCGCCUAUGCCCCGCGGAUCAUCUUCUAUUUAUCUGAGAUAAGUGUUCUCGGCACAAUCGAGUCUGACGAAGAGAUGCUGCAAAAGGCGUACGAGAUUGCGAAUGACCUUGCGGAGUGGAAGUGCAAAGCCGAUAUCACAAGUGACGAACCUCUCGCCCUGCUCAGUGAAACAUACCGAAGCGCGGCAUUUAUCUACCUCGAUACCUGGAGGAAUCGCGACACAUAUUGA